AUGAUGAUAAAUUAGCUUUUCUUAUUUGGAUUAUUUAAAAAGCCAAAAAGUGAUCAUGGAAAAAUAAUUAGAUGUUCUAUAAUAAAUAUUACACCUAUUGACAUUCAAUUGUUCUAAGAUAAUUUGCUUUUUCUUUCUGAUAAUGGGAUAUAUGAUGAAAAAUAAUCACUUCUUUACUCCUAGAAUAAUAGCUAGGCAAUCUUUGCAAGUGAAAACCAUAUAUAUAUAGCUCAUGAUAAUAUAAUUGAUAUAUUAAGUAGUUGGAAUAUUGUUAAAACCAUUUAAUUACCUAAAGGAUUAAUCAUUUAUGAUUUUAUAGUAGUUCAUGAUGAGAUUUACAUUACUUUAGAUUAUUAAAUUUCUGAUUUGCUAGGCUUUUAUUUUUAGACCAAGAGUUUUUCAUUAUUGAAAUGUGAUUUUGAAGGUAAUUGUGAAUUUUAGUAUGAAAUAAGUGGUGUUCAUUUAAGUGGAAUUGAAUUGUUAAAUGAUAAAAUUUAUAUUGCAGAUACAUUUUAAAAAACUCUAAAUGUUUACGAUUUAAAUUAUAAUUAACUUUAAACUAUUUAAUUAGAAGAUGGACCAAAACGAUUAAUAAAAAUUGUAGAUAAAUUAUAUUUUACAGCAAUCCCAAAACUAAUUGAAUUGUUAACUCUACCAAAAUUCACUAGUUUAUACUAAUAUGAUGAUUUAGAGGGAUUAUAAAAAUUAGUAACUUUUGAAAAUUUUUAUUAUGUUGGAGUGCAGUACAAAUAAGAAAUAAUAAUGGGUAAUCAUAAAUGUUUUUGA